AUGCGUGCUCAAUCAGAUACAGCAAUGAAAUGGAAACGAAUUGGCAUCGUUGGGGCAGGCAAUAUGGGCUCUAUGAUGGGGUUCGCCUUUUCUGAACUAGGCCUCGACGUCUCUAUCUGGGAUGCUAAGAGUUUAAAUGUCAACAACUUUAUGAAAAAAGUCGAGCAGGCCAAAGGCCUAAAUAGACAUAUUGCAGGAUACCACGACAUUUCAGAGUUUGCAGAUAGCUUGGAGCAUCGCGGUGGCCGAAGACUGUUUCUGUUCUCCAUUACGCAUGGCACCCCGGCAGAUGAAGUCUUGAAGAAAAUCAAGAAACCCCUAACGAAAGGCGACAUAAUUUUGGACGGCGGCAACGAACACUAUCGAAACACCGAGAGAAGACAGAGAGAAUGCCAAGAUAUUGGCGUGGAUUGGAUCGGAAUGGGCGUUUCCGGGGGCUACCAGUCUGCUCGCCAUGGGCCAAGCAUGUCCCCUGGUGGAAGCAAUGUCGCAUUGGAGGAAGUUAUACCGCUGCUGGAGCUAUAUGCCGCUAAAGACCCCAAAUCUGGUGUACCUUGCGUUUCCAACAUUGGACCAGGUGGCUCAGGACACUUCGUGAAGAUGGUCCAUAACGGCAUUGAGGUUGGCAUGCUCUCUGUCAUCUGUGAAGCAUGGGGUUUCAUGCAUAGUGGAAUGGGGCUUGGCUACAAGGAGAUUGGUGAAAUAUUCGAGACAUGGAACACAGACGGUGAACUACAUACCAACUACUUGGUCAAAAUUGCCUCGGAUAUUUGCCGGACAAGAAAGAACGCGAAUGGCGAGGCAGCGAAACAUGAGCGUGGCUACGCCCUCGAUGAUGUACUCGACAAGGUCGUACAAGAUGACGACUCUACAGAAGGAACACCGUCAUGGUCUAUUAUGGAGUCUGCCAUGAGACACGUAUCUUGUCCAACACUCGCAGCAGGAUUUUACUUUCGUGUGGCCUCUGGUAAUCGUGAGGAACGACUAAAGGUUGCCGAAAGGCUGUCCAUGCCCGACCCAAAGUCAUUUACAGAUAUCAAGGAUAAGAGUCAAAUGAUUGAAAAUCUCCGCAGGGCUGUCUACUUCACCUUCCUUGCUUCUUUUUGUCAGGGACUGGAGCUAAUUGCACGUGCGUCGAUUGACGAGGGUUGGGAUAUCAGCUUGUCUGAAUGCAUUCGAAUAUGGCGCGCAGGGUGUAUCAUUCAAUCAGAAUUCAUCGCUGACCUUCUCGAGCCAUUUCUGAGAGAGAACGAGUCAUUUACGAAUGCAAAACUGAACAGCUGCGUUGGACGAGAGUUACAAUGA